AUGAUACUUCUCUUCUUGCACAAAAGCCCUGUUGGCAUCCUCUUGUUGUUUGUUUAUGUGGAUGAUAUUAUUAUCUCUGGAUCUUAUUACACUCAUAUUCAAAAACUUCAACAGCAUCUUCACUCAAUUUUUCAUAUGAAGGAUUUUGGUCAUCUCGCUUAUUUUCUUAGCUUAGAAGUUCAUACAACAAAGCAUGGUAUCUUCUUAAAUCAACAUAAGUAUACUCAGGACUUGAUUAAGUUAGCUGAUUUAUCUGAUGCUCCUCAACUGAUAUUCCAUUGGAACUUAAUGUUAAUUCAUACUGUUAGCAGAUUUAUAGACACCCCUCGUCAUCAUCACUUGGUCGUUGUUCAUCGCAUUGUUCGUUAUCUUAUUGGGACUCCUCAUCGUGGUUUGUUCUUUCCUCAUGGGAUACCUCUUGAGCUCACCGCUUACUGUGAUACUGAUUGGGCUGGUUGUCCUGAUCAUCGUCGAUCUACUACUGGGUGGUGUAUCUUUCUGGGCAAUGCUCUCAUCUCUUGGAAAUGUAAGAAGCAGGACUGUGUCUCUAAGUCCUCCACUGAAAUUGUUAUUGCGCUGUGUCCACUGCAUGUUCUGAGAUUGUAUGGUUGCGUGGUAUUCUUCAAACAUAUUAACGUUGAUUGUCAUUACAUUCGGGAUGUCUAUGAGUCUAAACUCAUUGAUCUUCCUCAUGUUUCCACUACUCAGCAGAUUGCAGGCUUUUUCACCAAAUCUCUUACUCACCUCCGUCAUAAUUUUCUUGUGAGCAAAUUGAUGCUAGUGGACUUACCAUCAUCAAUUUAA